AAGAAGAAGUAGAACUGACUUGCAGGGUAAAGAAUAUGACAGCAAAAGCCCAAGGCCAUGGGAUGAUCCCCAAUUUGGGGACUUUCCAUAUUUCAUCUCUCUCCAUACACAUACAUCUCAAAACAUACCUAGAGCCACUCCCACACAAGUCAACAGCCCUGUGGGCACAGGAGGUGGGGUUGUUAUUGUUCGGUUCUAAUUGUGUGGUCUACAAGGUUCCAGGGGACCCAGGUCACCACUGGAACUCUAGGUGGGGCAGGAAGGACAGUGGCUCACUCAGCAUGGUAGGCUAUGAAGGGGAACCGUUGGGGGAGGGCUACACAAGCAGAGGGAGACAGAAAGUCGAGCUGGAAGCAGAAACCCAGAAAGGGUGCAUGGCUUGUGGAGGGUCACAGAGUAUCCGGAUGGAGAGAAAAAGAGAACUGAGGCUGAUUGACUCCCCCCCACCACUUCCCUCUAACGUGACUUCUGAAGUCUGUCCCAGCAGGUACCUGUGGGUGCGCCUUGGGGAGCACCACCUCUGGCAGUGGGAGGGUCCAGAGCAGCUGUUCCGGGUCACAGACUUCUUCCCCCACCCGGGGUUCAAUGAGGACCUCAGUGCCAAUGACCACAACGAUGACAUCAUGCUAAUCCGUCUGCCCAGGCGGGCACGCCUGGGUCCUGCUGUGCAGCCCCUCAGCCUCAGCCAGACCUACCUUGCCCCAGGCACUCAGUGCUUCAUCUCAGGCUGGGGGGCAGUGUCUAGCCCCAAGGUGCGGUAUCCACUCACGCUGCAGUGUGCCAACAUCAGCAUCCUGGAUGCCAAACUCUGUCACUGGGCUUAUCCAGGCCACAUCUCAGACAGCAUGAUAUGUGCCGGCCUGUGGGAGGGGGGCCGAGGCUCCUGCCAGGGUGACUCUGGGGGACCCCUGGUUUGCAAUGGGACCCUUGCAGGCGUGGUGUCUGGAGGCGCUGAGCCCUGCUCCAGACCCCGGCGUCCCACUGUCUUUACUAGCGUACGCCACUACGUGGACUGGAUUCGAAAAACCAUGGAGGAAAACUGAACCCUCAAGCUAAGGUCGACUGUGCGAGAACGCGAGUUCCUGCAGGGAUCCAGCCACGACCGUCACCGUUCAGACUAAGCCCUGACACUGAGGCUGUGCGCUCCCUCAGGCUCCGCCCCCGCGCUUAAACCGCGGUGUAGCCACACCCCCUCGGAAAGGCGCAGGGACACCCGUCCGCAUCUCUUGGCCAAGUCUCUAUGACGUCACAAAGAACGGACACCAUCCCCUGGAACUGCCCCACCGUGUGGCUCCGCCCUAAGGAACAUCUUCAACUAAGUAGCCCCUCCCCUCCGAACUUUUCCCAGUGGGACUUCACCUCUGGGCCCCGCCUCCGCCGCCAGCGAUUCCGCCCCCCAUGACGUCAGUGGCUCUGUAGCCCCGCCCACGUGAAAUUCAGUCCUGCUGGGCUCCGCCCCUCGCGGCCCUGCCCUGGGCGUGUCCUGGGUUUGAAUCCUGGCGCGGACCCGACUGGGAGAAGUUGGGGGUCUCGGUCCUUUCAGAGCCGAGGGAUGAUUUUACAAUAAAGCGGGGAGCCGCGCCUUC